AUGACCAACAGCUCCUCCAUCACGCCGGCCAUGGCGCCGCCGGCCGGGCAGGUCUCCAACUUCGUCGACCCCCCGUCGUGCGGCCUCAAGUUCCUGGUCGUCAACUGUGUCUUUCUGCCCUUGGCGGUGAUUGCCCUGCUGGUGCGCAUGUGGACGCGCAUGUAUCUGGUGCGCAGCGUGUCCUACGAUGAUUACCUGAUGAUCAUCGCCGUAAUUUUAUCAUGCAUCCUCACCGGCGUAACCCUGGACAUGCUCAACUGGGGUCUGGGUAAACACAUGUGGGACGUGCCCUACAGCUCGCUCACCCCGUGGUUCCUCAAGCUCAACGUCGUCGCCGCCAUCAUCUACUGCGCCGGAACCGGGUUCACCAAAGUCUCCGUCCUAAUCUUCUACCUCCGCAUCUUCCCCAGCAAAAGCUUCCACUACGCGGUCUGGGCGGUCAUUGUGAUUGCGGUGGGAUACAACGUGGCGAGUGUGCUGGCCAACAUCUUCAGCUGUAGUCCCGUGGCCGCCUCGUGGGACUACUCGAUCACGAAGGCGACGUGCAUGAACCGCCCGGUGUUUUACUUUGCGAAUGCAGGGCUGGGGAUCUUGACCGACUUUAUGACCACUUUGGUGCCGAUUCCGUGGUUGCGGAAAUUGCAGAUGCCGAUGCGACAGAAGCUUGCGGUGGGCGUGAUGCUGGCGAUGGGAUGCCUGGUCGGAGUCAUCAGUUGCAUUCGUCUAUCGAGUCUGUAUACCUUGCUCGAAAGCACCGAUCUCACGUGGACAACCACCAAUGCCCUCAUGUGGUGUACCAUCGAACUCAACCUGGGGAUUAUCGGCGGAUGCACCACGGCGAUGCGUCCCUUUGUGCGCCGCUACUUUCCCCGUCUGCUCGGCCUCUCAACGCACAGCGGCGGGUACCACGAGUCGGCGUCGCGCAAGUACGGCCACCCCCUGGGCUCGAUCCCCCGCGAUGCGCCGGCAUUUGCGUCUGCCAGUAAUCACUACUCGACCCGGCUGCACGGGGGCACCAAUGAUGACAGUGAGGAGCACAUUCUGCCGGAGACGAUGGGGGCAUCGCAUGGCAGCAAGGAGAGUACGGAGGGGAUUAUUCGGACGGUGGAGUUUAAUGUGGAUAGUAAUCCUACCCUGCAUUAG